AUGAUCAUCGUUCACAUCGUCGACUCGUCCACGGGGAGGUACCUCGCAAGAAGACCCUCCCCGAAGGCCGCGGCCGCGGCCAGCGGUGGCGCAGCGUUUUCUCCGCGGCAAUUCAAUCGCGACGGUGCUGGUGGCGAGGUAGACCAGACACGAGGACACCCGCCUCCCCCCGCAGGAAAGCCACAGCAACAACGGGAGAGGAGGGGUAAGUCUGAAGAAGAGGAUCCGGCUGGAGAAUACGAGCGGGUCGAGGUCGGAGGCGCAACGACGACCUUCGAAGAGCGGACAGUGUGGGAUCUCACAGCUGGCGGCGGCUUGGUAAAAAUCGCAUGGGCUUUCCUGAAGCCGGUUGGGGCACAAGGGGAGUGCAACGUGGGUGUCAGAAACGGCGAUCAUUUUCAGCCAUCGUCGUCCUCCUCGCAGGAGGAUAGCGGGGGCGGCGACUGUGCCCGGAGGUCAAGACUGCAGCUUUUCCAGCACCAGCCUCUCUCGAUGCUGGCAAGGUGGCAGGCGCGGCGAGAAGGCUUCCCCAGGCUUCCCCCUCCGGCGGCCUCCGACGUCCCGGAUGUUUUCCUGCAGUUCCUCCUCGCCAACAGGAAAAGAUACCCCGCGACGCUAGCAGUAUCCGUGGGACCAACACCCCGUCCUACACCUGUGCUUGUGGCGAGACGCCCAAAGGCGUCACACGAGCGAGAGCAUCACAACCUCAGCUAUGAGGCCCUCGCCGCCAUGCGCCAGCAAUCCCGAGAGGACCGGGAGAACGACGAGGCGGCGGGCAUCCUCCCGGCGGGGGGAAGGAGCGGCAGAGACGGCGGCGGUGGUGGCGGCGGCGGCAAGGGGGCGAACGCGUCGGCGGUGGCGCGCACGAGGCGGCUGAGGGACAAGAACGAGCCUUGCGUGCUGCCUGACCGUCUCCUUCACCGGGUCUACGCGGGCCAGAACGGCGCCAUGACGCUGGCCUUCUCGGGGUCAGGCUCGUUGCUUGCGGCCGCUUGCUGCGAUGACCCUCUCCCGGGACGGUUUCCCAUCCGCCUCAUCGACCCGGAGACGGGGAGGUGCCGCCACGAGCUCGGAGGGCACGCGUGCAUGGUGUACUCGCUGGUGUGGUCUCCCGGAGAUUCGUUCCUGCUGUCCGCGUCGGCGGACGGCACGGCCAAGGUGUGGCGCAUAUCCGCUGUGAGCAACGCGGGGGGGGUCGGAAACACUGGUUCGCACCCCGGCGAGGGGGCGCCUGCAAGCGCGGAAGGCUUGCCGGCAACGGCGACAAGAGGUGGCAAAGAUGAUGGGCCGCGGCUGGCGUGCGUCCUCCAGCACGCACCGCCCUGCUUCGUGUACGCGGCCGUCUUCCAGCCGGCCGAGGUGAUGGACCGUACUCGCGGCACCACGGCAACCGCGUUGGAUCAUCAGUCUCCAUCCUCUGAGUCGAGCGAGUGCGCCCUUGUUGUGACGGGUGCGUACGACCGGCGUCUCCGGCUGUGGGACACGACGGCGGCGGUGGCCACGCCCGCGAGAGAAGGAGGACGGGCCAAGAUGCUGGGAACGCUCUCGAGCAAGAUGGUGCACGAGAGCCACGUCAACGCGAUUGUCUACGACUCGAGGAAUAGCCGCCUGUACAGCGGGGACGGCGCGGGCGUCAUCGUUGUUUGGCGAAGGGGCGGUGGCGGCCAGGGGGGUGUGGAGGACUACGGUAUCCUCCGGAAGGUGCAGCACGCGGACCUGAUCGGGAAGGCCAUCACGAGCCUUGCCCUCGCCCCGCGCCUGCGGAGGGGCCAGCUGCUGGUGCAGGCGCACGGAAACACGCUGCGUCUGCUGGACCUGGGCACUUACCGGUUGGUGAAUCCCGGGUUUGCCGGCGGGGCCACGGCCAAGUCACUGAUCCGGGCGUCCUUCAGCCCCGAUGGGCGUUUCGUUGUAUCGGGCUCCGAAACGGGGCGGGUUCGAGUGUGGGAGUCUCAGGAGGGGAAGCGGGUCAAAACUCCUUUGCAGACUCUCGGCACUGCGUGCUGCCUGCGUGGCGUCGGGUGGCACCCCAACCAACACGUGGUGGCCCUGGCGGGGUAUGGUCAAGAUGCGCCCGUUCUGCUCUACUGUGGCGAGGCGAGAGCCGACAAGCAGGCCAAGGGAGUAUUGGAGACGUGCAUGCCGUCGGCGAUGCAGGAGCAGGCAGCGAGAGAGGCGCAGGCCUCGGCGGAGGAGCACCGCCGGCGGCUCGACAACCGGCAGCGGUUGAGAGAGCUGAGGAUCAAACGCCUGCGCGCCAAGGCCUUGGGACAGACCGACGGACCACUCGCCACCGCCAAAGGGCAGGGCGGAAGUGAACCGGAGAGCGGAAUCGUUGCGGCUCUUGCGGCUCUUACGGCCGGGGGUAAUCAACAACGGUAG